GACCCCAUCCUUGAACCACCGAUGCAUCGCGACCUCGAUCCGCGGCGCCCUCGCGAGCACCGGGGCCGCCGCCGAGCACGUGGACCGCGUGUACGUGGGCAACUUCGCCGGCGAGCUCUUCAACCAGCAAGGGCACCUCGGGGCUGCCAUCGUCGAGGCCGUGAUGGCGGUGCGCGCGGGCAACGACUGCGUGCUGGCGGUCGGGGCCGAGAUGCAGUCGGCCGCCAGCGCCCGGGAGGGCGGCACGUUCCUCGCCCGCGCAGCGGACUUCGAGCGGCAGGCGGCAUAGACGACUUCACGUUCCCGUGCCUCUUCGCCCGGCGGACGAAGGCGUACCUGGAGAGGUACCCCCACGCCGGCUUCCAGGACCUGGGCGCCGUCUCCGCGAAAGCGUACGGCAACGGCAACCUGAACCCCCUGGCGCACAUGCACGCGGUGAAGGUCUCCGCGGAGCACGCGUCCACGGCGUCGAAGACCAACCCGAACUUCCUGAGCAACGAGGAGUUCAGCAGCUACCUCAGGGUCACGGACUGCUCCCAGGUCUCCGAUGGCGGGGCCGCCUGCGUGCUCGCGUCGGAGGAGGGCGUCAGGAAGCUGGGGAAGCAGCUCUCGGAGUGCGUCGAGGUCGUCGGCAACGACUACGGGGUCGGGGACCUCUACAGCGACCCGGACGACCUGACGGAGAUGGCGACCAUCAGGACUGUGGUGGGGCGCCUGAUGGCCGCUCACAAGCUGCGCAUAGCAGACAUCGGGGUCGCCGAGCUCCACGACUGCUUCUCCAUGGCGGAGAUGCUGGCCUACGAGGCCAUCGGCCUCGCCGAGCCCGGCCGGGCCUGCGACGUGGUGCGGAGCGGUGCCACGGAGCGCUCGGGCACGCUCCCCGUGAACACCGGGGGCGGCCUGAUCGCCUUCGGCCACCCCGUGGGCGCCACCGGCAUCAAGCAGAUCCUGGAGAUCUACAGGCAGAUGAAGGGCGAGUGCGGGGACUACCAGCUGGCGUCGAGGCCGGAGCUGGGCCUGGCAGUCAACAUGGGUGGCGACGACAAGACGGUUGCCAGCAUGAUUCUCAGGAAUCUGUGA